UGAAAACCCGAAUGCGGCGAGCGGCAAGUUCCAGAAGCUCCAUGGCAAGUUGGAGAACACCAAGAAGUGGGCAGAGAUGGCAGAUAAAUUAAAUUCUCUUGGGGGGGGCUGCCAAAUCUGUGGAGCAAUGGCAAAAUGUCUGGCGCGACCUAAAAAGUCGAACAUCGACGCGAGUUCGUGAUCGUAAGAGGGAGCAAGCAUUGACGGGGAAUAUACCGCUUCAACAGCCUCCCUUGAACGAAUUGGAGAAGCGGGUAAUAGCUCUAGUGGGAAGCAGCUAUAUGGAGGGGCAACCGGAUGUCCAGGAGAAUAUUCCCAUGGAAGAGGAACUGCAAUUAACAUUGGGGGCGGCGGAUGAAAAUUUCCGCUUAGUCAUGGAGGAAGACACCAUGGUAAUUCCUCCACUAACGGUGUCGGAUGGCGAGUCGGAAAUUCGGUGCGAAACUCCGAAAACGCCGAGGCAAACACCGCGCAGAACCGCUAAGCGGAAACGUGCGGAAGAAUCGCCAACAAAGGCGAAAUUUUUAAGAAUUGCCGAGGCACAGGCCGAAUCAGAAAAGAGGCUUGCUGAAAGUGCUGCAACCAACGCGGAGGCCAACCGCUCCAAUGCUGAGGCAAUAAGCAGAAUGGCUGCUGCCACAGAGCGAAUGGCUACCGCAACUGCAACAAUGGCAGAGGCCUUCACGGUGUUGGCGGAGGGGGUGAAAGCUUGUGCGCAUGCUUUCGCCCAGUUUACUAAUUCACUGGGCCCUCCCCAAUAGAUGUAAAUUGUUUGUGUAUAUACUUUUCUUUUUCUUUUUUAAGGUUCAUUAAUUUUUUGUUAAAGUUAAGCUCCUUAGCUAACAAAACCAAUAUAAGUCCAAAUUUGAGACUUUGUACAAAAAUUACAAAAAUUCCACAAACUGUUCUUCACAAUUCCAAGCAUUUUAAUUUUGAUUU